UCCCAGCUGGCCCCGCCCCGCUCCCCAGCGCCCCGGAAGUGAUCAGUAUUGACUGCUGCAGAGCGGCCAGGAGGAGGGUGGAUCUCCCGAGAGCGGAGCUCCGUAAGUCCUCCUCCACCUCCUCCUGCCGCCCAGGCUCCGCCGCCGGCCGUCGAACUCCUCCUUCUGUCGCUCCCGGCGCGGAGCCUCCCAGACUACAAGGGCCGAGCACUUUCCGGCCGGAGUCAGCUUAGCCGCGGCUUCGGAAGCCCGCGGGGCCGCGGACCGGCUUGCGGUGCAGGUUCCGCCCUGUUACUUAUUUCUCAGCGUUGCUGAAGUCAAGUCAUAGCGUGGUAGUCAAACCUCUGGGACUGGGAUUCUUCUUAAUCAUUUGGUGACAACUCUGUGACACAGGAUGGCUGCAAAUAAGCCCAAGGGUCAGAAUUCUUUGGCCUUACACAAAGUCAUCAUGGUGGGCAGCGGCGGUGUGGGCAAGUCCGCUCUGACCCUGCAGUUCAUGUACGAUGAGUUUGUGGAGGACUAUGAGCCUACCAAGGCGGACAGCUAUCGCAAGAAGGUGGUGCUGGACGGGGAGGAGGUGCAGAUCGACAUCCUGGACACAGCCGGGCAGGAGGACUACGCCGCCAUCCGAGACAACUACUUCCGCAGCGGCGAGGGCUUCCUCUGCGUCUUCUCGAUCACCGAGAUGGAGUCCUUUGCAGCCACGGCCGACUUCAGGGAGCAGAUUUUAAGAGUAAAAGAAGAUGAGAACGUUCCAUUUCUGCUCGUUGGAAACAAAUCAGAUUUAGAAGAUAAAAGGCAGGUUUCUGUAGAAGAGGCAAAAACCAGAGCCGAUCAGUGGAAUGUUAACUACGUGGAAACAUCUGCUAAAACGCGAGCUAAUGUUGACAAGGUAUUUUUUGACUUAAUGAGGGAAAUUCGAGCCAGAAAGAUGGAAGACAGCAAAGAAAAAAAUGGAAAAAAGAAGAGGAAAAGUUUAGCCAAGAGAAUCAGAGAAAGAUGCUGCAUUUUAUAAUCAAAGCCCAAACUCCUUUCUUACCUUGACCAUACUAAUAAAUAUAAUUUAUAAGCUUUGCCAUCGAAGGCUCAAUUGACUGAAAUUACUUUAACAUUUUGGAAAUUGUUAGGUAUCUAAAAGCAUGAA